AUGCUGAUUGCACCGCGGGCCGCGGGGCCCCUCGACGCAGAGCAACAGCUGGACAGCAGCGGCGCCCUGCGCCAGGCCGCGGCCGUCGACGCCUUCCUCGCCGCCGGGGCCGGCGCGUUUUGGGCCGCCGCGGCGGCCGCGCAGCAGUGGCAGCCCUGGCUGGGGCGCGACGCCGCAGGCCUGCCCCUGGGCGACCUCCGGGUUGCCUACGCAGCUGACAUGCAGCUGCCGGCCUGGCGAGAGUUCGCCGACGCGCGGCCGGGCCCGGGCGGCCGCGGGUCGGGCGGCGCCGCCAGCACCGCGGGGGUGGCUCAGCCGAGCACCGGGAAGCGUGUCUCUGGCGAAGAGCGUGACUCGGCGGGCGACCGGACCUCCGCGCACACG